UUUAUUCAGUAGUUUCUCUAUAUUUCAUGUUUCUUAAUAUCACAUAACAAGGCAGUAGCAGAAGUUCCAACUUGUUCAAGAAUCUACUCCAUUCAAAAUGCCUUGUGUUCAAUCAGAUGAGUUUGGUACUUUAAACUCUUACCUAAGAGAGAUUAAGUUGGGCAACCGUAGCAUCAAAGGAGAGCUCAAUACUUUCGUCUGGACAGGUACAAAAGGGAAAUGGCAGGAGCAUUUCUUCCAAAUAAUGAAGGACAUGUACCCGGAAUUGACCCGGGAGUUGUUCAAAAAAAUGUACUUUCUGGAAAGGACUUGGGAUGAUUUCAGACAAGAAAUUGGAAUGAUAUAUCGACUUGAUAAUGAAUGGAAGGACUGUGACUAUGAAGACACAAACUUUUAUACUACUUUGGAGGAUAAGUUGAACAAGGUGGUUAAGGCCCAAAUAUCUGAAAUCUACAGCCUUGAAAGUGACGAAAACAUCAUUUUGGAUGACGAUGCCAUAUGUAAGACCGUCUACUUCUUUUACAACACAGAGCUGAAACGCCUUGUGUGCUUGAAGAUUGCAGAGUUCAACAUUGAGGAACCCCCUGUUAUCAAUGAUGAUGAAGAGGAGGAUGUAGAUGGAAAUGACAAUACCUGAGAUCUGAUGACACUACAUAUAUUCUUGUGGAUGGAUGUUUUGAUUAGUACUUGUCAUUGUUAAGGAUUUUUACAUUUAGUUGCUUGCUCAUGAGUGAUUUUAUGGAAUGUGGCAUAUACAUGAAUUGUUUACUCCAAUAUUAUGUUGUGG